CGCCGCGCUGUGUGAUGUAGCCUUUCCCGCUCCCUCUUUGUUGUACCAACCUGCGUAACGACUACUUUUUUGCAGUGACGUCGCCUUGACGUGAACCCUCCUCCGUGAUCAAGCUUUGCGCCAAGUCUACUCCUGGUCUCUGCUCGCCGCUUUCGGCAAGCACGAGCCACAAACGGCGUACGAAUUGCAUCAUAGGGAAGUUGCGUUCCAAAGCAGGGCUCGUGGCCAGUAUUUUGGUGUACUUAGGCGCCAGCCCUCCGAGACACGCCCUAAUCUGCCUCUGAUAUCAGAUUCUUCUCUCCCCACCGCAUUCCUCGAACAAUCUGAUACUGCAGGUUACGCCCGCGACUUUAUCUUGUCUUAUCAGAUCAUCGGGCUGAACUGGGGACCAGCCUCUCAUCAUGUCCCUCAAGAAAGCACUUGAAAAGCUGAAGACAGGUACCCACAGCAAUCCGGCGUCUGACGAUGAGAGUGGCAUCACUUCCCCAAAGACCAACGGAACCGCUGCUCCCGUCCCCGCCUCCCCUCGAUCGUCCGGUAUUUUUGGACGAAGUCGCGCGAGCGGCGAGUUCAAGCGGAACAGUGGUACCUUCGACCGCAAGGACAUUGCCUCGACUUCAGAUAGCAGAAGCAGCCUCGAUUACCACAAGGCGGAUUCUCCUAGGGGCAGCGGCAUCUUUCACCGCAGAAACGACAGCCCCAGUCGCAGCCAAACAUUCCCCUCGAAGACCAGUCUGAGCCACCAUGGUACUCACAGUCCCAUCCGCGCCGUCAAGGAGAAGCUCCACAUUGGCGAUGCCUCCUCGAGCGAGAGCGACCUACCCCUCAACCGUGAGGGCGAGCCAAUGUCACGAAACCAGCUGAAGAAGCACGAGAAGCAGGCCGCAUGGGAGGAGCGGAAAAAGGAAAUCAUUGAGAGGGAAAAAGAAGUCGAGAAGAGAAGGAAGGAGUUGGAAGAACAGGCGGAGAAGGAGCUGACGCCGGAACAAAAAGCCAAGUACGGGAUCGUGCCUCCAAACAGUUAUGCAGGGGCGUGGAAGCACGAGCAGCGAGCAGACAUCCGUACCCUGACUGCCAAAGAUGUUGGCAAGGAGGUUGUCUUCCGAGCGCGAAUCCACCAUUUGAGGAAGAUGAGCGCCAAGUUCGUCUUCUUCGUAUUCCGACAGCAGACUGGGACCAUCCAGGGUGUCUUAGUGGAACACGCUGAUAUCACCAAGUACAUGUUGUACUGGGCAGAACAUUUGGAGGCCGAGAGUGUUGUCUUAGUCAAAGGGAUUCUGCAAGAACCACAGUCGAAGCAAGGAGAAGUCACUGGGGCCAGCAUCCACGACGUUGAAAUCUCCGUCCACGAGCUUCAUGUAGAGGCGUCCGUGACCGAGACUCUCCCGUUCAACGUCUACGAGGCCGAAGUGUCCCAGAAAGAUAUCGACGAGGAGAUUGCCCGACACGAUCAUAAAGAGGGACAAACUCGUGUCAGGAUUGCGGACAGAACCCGUCUAACAAACCGGGUUAUCGAUCUUCGAACAACCACCUCUCAAGGCAUCUUCCGCAUCCAGUCCGGUAUCUGCCACUUUUUCCGCACCCAUCUCGACAGCGAAGGCUUCAUUGAGAUUCACACCCCAAAGUUGCAAGGUGGUGCUACCGAGUCCGGCGCCAGUGUCUUCAAAGUCGAAUACUUUGGCAGGGGUGCCUUCCUAGCCCAGAGUCCUCAAUUGGCAAAGCAGAUGAGUAUCUCGGCCGACUUUGGCAAAGUAUACGAGAUCGGCGCGGUCUUCCGUGCAGAGAACAGCAACACUUACCGACACUUGACUGAAUACACCGGUCUCGAUCUUGAGAUGGCGAUUGAUGAGCAUUAUCACGAAGUCCUUCGAACGCUAGACCGAACAUUCAAGGCCAUUUUCACAGGAAUUUAUCAGCGCUUCCGCCCGGAGAUCGAGAUUGUGAAGAGGCAAUUUCCCCACGAGGAUUUGGUGUGGUUAGAUGAGACGCCGAUCAUUCCGUUUGCCGAAGCUAUCCGGAUGCUGAACGAGUCCGGUUGGAAGGACGAAGAUGGCAACUCGCUCGACGAAAACGAGGAUAUGGGCACCAGAGAUGAAGUUCAGCUUGGUCGUGUGAUAAAAGAGAAGCUGGGCACAGAUUACUACGUCCUCGAUAAAUUCCCUGUUAACGCUCGUCCGUUCUACGCGAUGCCAGACCCCAAUAACCCUGAGGUCACAAACUCUUUCGACAUCUUCCUUCGUGGCCAAGAGAUCCUUAGUGGCGGCCAGCGUAUCCACGACGCGCAAAUGCUGUUAGACAAGAUGGAGAGGCUGAAGGUUGACCCCAAAACUAUGGAGGAUUACAUUCAAGGUUUUGAGUGGGGAGCUCCUCCACAUGGUGGAGGUGGUAUUGGUCUUGAGCGUAUUCUCAUGCUCCUCCUCAACCUCGGAAACAUCCGACACGCGUCAAUGUUCCCCCGCGACCCGAAGAGUUUACCAGAGAGGCCAGUGAUCAAGCAACUAAGACACCCAGAUGCAAGCACGAUGCACCCUCCAUGGGAGGGAACAGACCGAGCUGCUGCGGGCUUAGACUUCCAGCCCAUCGAGAAGCUCAUCGCUAACUAUGGAGACGCGACCAAUACAUCUUGGCUCGAACCUCGAACAGAAAUCUGGCGAGACGAUUUCACCGGAGCUGCCGUCGGGUUCGUUCCGCAAGACGGAUUCGCAAUCACCGUUGGUGACCCUCUUUGUCAUGUCUCCCAAUACCUGAAGACCAUGACUGGAUACUUGAAAUACAUAAAAAAGGAACGGAACCUUAAGCCCUUGUGGCUUUUGGUUGGAUCAGAUGCGGAGGAAGUUCUCGCCACCAAGUUCAACUGGCGCACUUUCUCUGUCGUCUCCGAGCAACGCGUAGACCCGGCGCACAACCCUGCGGUGAAUGAUGCCGACAUUCAGCGCAAGAUUCGUCAUGCCGAGCGCGAGGGUGUCAAAAUCAUCGAUUACCCCAUUGGGACACCUAUUCCAGACGAGUUGAAGAAGAAACUCGAUGCUCGUGUCCAGGAUUGGCUACACAACAGGAAGGGUCGUCAAGUUCACUUGACAAACAUUCGGCCUUGGCAAGAUAUGGAGCACCGUCAAUACCACUUCGCGCAGACUCCCGAUGGCACCGUUGCCGCGUUUGUCGCCAUGGCGCAAUUGAGCCCUGACCAUGGGUGGCAAGUCAAGUAUUCGCUAGAUUUUCCCGGCGCGCCUAGCGGUUCCAUUGAACAAAUUGUUACACAUGCCCUCAAGGUUGUUGCCCAAGGCGGCGCGACAUCUGUCACCUUCGGCGGCGGUGCUAGCUCCAGGUUUACCCCAGGACAUAACGUGAAGGGUACAAGAGUCAAGGUGUUAAGUAGGGCGUACCACGCCAUUGCGACCGAACUGAGGUUGACCAACAAAACCGAGUUCCGAGAGAAGUUGGGUGCGGUUGAUGACCCAAGCUAUAUAUGCUACCCGCCUCACGGGCUGGGCCCGAUGGCGGUGAAAGCUAUUUUAAACUUCUUCGAGGACGAUGACUAGAUGAAAUUCCCAGAAUCAAGACUGAUUCCUUAGAAGACGGAACGGUGGUCUACAGUGCCGACGCUGAAGCGUAAGGAGGUAACAAGGCAGCGAAUUAUACCAUUGGGGGGGGCGUCUUGGAGAGGCCGAUUGCACUGCAUUGUAGUAU